AUCCAAGAUUAUUGCGGGCGGUGGCGGCCUGAUUUAAAAUGGAAGGGGAACAGAAAUCGUGGAUCCCUUAAUUUCCUCUUAUUAUAAAAUUCUGUUGGAUUUUAUUUUUUAUAAUCUCUCCCCCCUCUUCUCCCAGCAAACAAGUUCCAGCAGAGGGGAAGAAAAGCAUUAGUUUCUGUUGUAACCUUUGGCAUAUACUCGGCACCCCCUUCUCUGAUAAAUGCCCUGCACCUAGUCUAAGCUGAUUGCUUGGUUGAGCACCAGAAGUGAAUCCUGUGGUUGAGGAAAGAAGCUGGGACAAGAUUUCCUUUCCCACAAGACUCACCCCUCUGCCAACCCCCAGCUCGUGAGCCUCGAACUUGGAGCCAUGAUGGUGGGGCAGCAGCUUCUGAUCAUGAAGAAGAAAGCGAAGGCUUGGAGGGGAGACUUGGAUCCUUGGCUCUGAGCCAUGUGUUGUAUGUAGCACCCAAAGCCAGGAGAGAUGUAUUUUCCAUAAAUAACUCUUGCUCACACAUUCUGUGCCAUGCGUUUAAGGCCUCUUGAGACAGGGGGGAUUUUGUUUUGAGAUAAUCUCUCUCUCUCUGUGAGUGCCACAAUUUAUUUUGGGGAGGAAAUGGAAGACUAUACAACUAGAACCUAUGGCACGGGUGGACUGGACAACAGACCUCUCUUUGGAGAAACUUCAGCAAGGGAUAGAAUCAUCAACUUAGCUGUUGGUAGCUUAACAUCCUUGUUGCUAAUAGUCACUCUGAUCAGUGCUCUUAUCUUUCCUCAACUACCUCCAAAACCAGUGAAUAUAUUUUUUGCUUUCUGCAUCUCCUUGUGUAGUGUUUCUGCUGGCAUACUUAUCUACUGGUAUCGACAAGGAGACUUGGAACCUAAGUUUAGGAACCUAAUUUACUAUAUCUUAUUUUCUAUUGUCAUGUUAUGCAUAUGUGCCAACCUGUACUUCCAUGAAGUGGGUAAAUGAUUGUGAGACUAUUCUUAGCUCCAUCCUAGAAACAAAGGGGAUAAUCAACUGGACAGGGAUGAAGAAAUGGAUUGUUCAGGGAUAAUCAGUACAUGAUUUUCAUGUAAAUGUAUAUCUAAAAUCCCUCGUGUUGGGAAGAAUUAUUGCCAUAUGACAUGACACUUUGCUUUUAUUUAAGAGCUAACUUUGCACUUAAUGUACAUUCCAACUAUACUGAUGUUUCAGAAGGGCACAAGCUUU